AUGAAUUCCAGUAUUGAUUUAAGGAAAGUUAUCAUUGCAGCUUUAAAAACUGAUGUCGAAUUAUUAAGAAAAGAUGUGAUAUCUUACAUAAAUGAGUUAAAUAAUUUACUCUUAAAGUCGCAAGCAAUCUUAAAAACCAAAAUAAAGUUAAAGGAAAUUGAAAUAACAAAGCCUAAUGAAGAUGAACCGAAAAAAGAAGAGAACAAAGAAGAAGAUGAUAAAAUUGAUCCUGCAGAAGCUAGUCUGUUAGCUAAAAUAAUUAGAAAAGGUUUAGUAGAGAAUAAAAACGACAUAGAAGUCCAAAGAAAAGACCCUCGAUCACCAUUAUACUCAGUAAAAACAUUUGAAGCGCUCAAUCUAAAUCCAAAUCUACUUAAAGGAGUAUACGAGAUGGGAUUUAAUGCUCCGUCCAAAAUUCAAGAGACCGCUUUACCUGCACUUCUGGCAGAUCCUCCUCAAAAUUUGAUUGCUCAGUCCCAGUCAGGAACAGGAAAAACAGCAGCUUUUGUUCUUGCAAUGCUGAGCAGAGUUGAUCCUUCUAAGAAGUAUCCUCAAGUAUUGUGUUUGUCACCAACCUAUGAAUUGGCAAUUCAGACUGGAGAGGUUGCAGCUCAUAUGGCAAAAUUCUGCCCGGAAAUUGAACUGAAAUAUGCAGUAAGUGGAGAACAAGUAGCAAGAAAUACCCAAAUAACUGAACACAUACUUAUUGGAACACCAGGAAAAGUUUUAGAUUGGGCUAUAAAAUAUAAAGUCUUUGAUCUUAAGAAAAUUCAUGUAUUUGUAUUAGAUGAAGCCGAUGUAAUGAUAGCUACGCAAGGACACCAGGAUCAGUGUAUUAGAAUACACAAGGUUUUAGAUGCCAGUAAAUGUCAAAUGAUGUUUUUUUCUGCCACGUAUGAACAAGAAGUUAUGGAGUUUGCCGAACAUAUAGUUAAAAAUCCAAUAAUAAUAAGACUUAAAAGAGAAGAAGAGAGUUUAGAUAAUAUUUCUCAAUAUUAUGUUAGAUGUAAGAAUCAGAACGACAAAUAUAACGCUAUUACCAAUAUAUAUGGUACCGUUGGAAUUGGUCAAGCUAUAAUAUUUUGUCAUACCAGGAAAACAGCAGCAUGGCUGUCAGAACAAAUGUCAAAGGAUGGUCACGCUGUAGCAGUACUGUCCGGGGAUCUAACAGUAGAACAACGUAUAAACGUAUUAGACAGGUUUAGAGAGGGAAAAGAAAAAGUUCUGAUUACUACGAAUGUUUUAGCUAGAGGAAUAGACGUGGAGCAAGUGACUAUUGUCGUUAAUUUUGAUCUGCCCGUUGAUAUGCGUGGAAGAGCAGAUUGUGAGACUUAUUUACAUAGGAUUGGAAGAACAGGCAGAUUCGGUAAACGUGGUAUUGCGAUCAAUCUUGUUGAUUCCGAAGAGUCUAUGAACGUGUGUAAAGCUAUUGAGAGGCAUUUUGAACGGAAAAUUCAGUACUUAAAUAUUGAAGAUUCUGAUGAAGUUGAGAAGAUCGGAAGUUAG